AUGAUGUUCAACUUGGGGAAAAUAAAUUCAUCGCCGACUCCAUUGCUUAACUGGAGAAGCAGAACGUUCGCCGCCGCUCUGAAGCCCGUUACCGGCGACCACCAGGUUACCACCGCCGUCGGAGAACAGCGGAACACCUUCUCCCAAGAAUACAAACAUUUUGCUCUCUUCCAGAAUUCCGAUUCUGUUCUACAUCAUCCAUUAUUCUAUGCUACUCAAGGCGUUAGAUACAGAAAACUGGAGGUCAUUCUUACAACAACCAUAGACAAGCUCGGGAAAGCAGGUGAAACAGUGAAAGUUGCUCCUGGACAUUUCCGCAACCAUCUGAUGCCCAAAUUGCUUGCAGUUCCAAAUAUUGGCAAGUUUGCUUAUCUCAUCAGUGAACAGAGGAAGAUAUAUCAACCCAAAGAAGCUGAAGAGGUGAAGGUAGUUCCAAAGACCGAAGAAGACACCAUGAAAGAAUACAGAACAGCAGCUAGACGCCUUGAAAAUGCUAAACUGGUUCUGAGAAGAUACAUAAAGAUAGAUACAGAACUUCGUUCACCUGUGGAAAAAGAUGAGAUCAUAUCUGAGGUGGCAAGACAGAUUGGAGUGAGGAUUGAGCCUGAAAACUUGCAAUUGGAGUCUCCAUUGUCAAGUUUAGGGGAAUUUGAGGUGCCACUUCGAUUGCCUAAAUCUCUUCCUUUACCAGAGGGUUAUUGA